AUGGCAACUAACAAAGAUUUUGAUUCCUACGCAUCGAGUUUAUUUGGUGGAGAAUUUGGGAAGAAGGGGAAAUCUGUAUUUGGUAAAGACAGAAGUAGUGAUGAGAAAACAUAUCACCCGCCACCUGUUGAUGUUGUUGUACUUGAUAAGAAUGAUAACGUGCUUAGUGACACCAAAAAAACGGGCAACAAAGUUGGAACGGAACCGCUGUUAUUCAAAAGAGUGGAAAAAACAUCGAGAGAGCGCGGUGAAAGAGAUGGAAAGGACAAGAAAAAUGAAAAGGGUAAACCAGAAAAACGGGAUAACAUAGCAGAUAGAAAGACAGAAAAAGAUAAUAAAAAAGCAGUAGAAGGACACGGAAAGGACAAAUCGUCCAGCAGAGAUAACGAUGAUAGGGCAGAAAAUAUGUUCGCAUCAAGAACGAAGUCAAAAGAUAAAGACAGAGCUAAAGAGAAGGGAGGUGAUAAAGACAAGCGUAAGGAUAGAGACAAUGACAAAAAGGAGUCAAAGAAAGAUAAACAUGAAAAGUCAAGUUUAGAAAAAACAGACAAUAAAAAAGAACGUAAAAGAAAGAGAAAUAAACAAGCUAGCGUUCCGCUUACAGAGGAGAGUUUUAAUGAAUUGUUUACAUCCGGAAACAAAAAGGAAAAAGGGAAAGAUUCGAAAGACAAAAUUUCUGAUAAGUCUAAAACUGAUGACAAAAAGAAAGCCAAACACAGGGACAAACACCAUGCAACUGAAAAAGGUUCCAGAAUGCAUGAAGUAAUAGUAAUCGAGAGCGAAGAUCGGGAAAAGCUUGAGAAAAAACAUAAAUCGCACAGACAUAGUAAAGAUCAGACAGAUACGGACUUAAACGUAAUUUGUCUCACAUCUAUUGGAUCAAAUGAGGAACACAAUUUACAUGGUAAAAAAGAAAACCAUUCACAUAAGGAUAUAAAAACUGCUAAAACAAGAACUGAGCAAAUCAAGAAACGAGAAUACAAAAGACCAGAGAGAAACGAUUCUGGAAUAAGCCUGGGGAUGGAGAGUUUGGUUAGUGAACCAUCAGAGCCGGUGGACUUCGACAUUUUCUGGUCCAACGGUCGGCGUUUGGCCAGCCGCCAUGGCAUCCAUGAAGACCAUGAGGACUCAGAUAGCGAGCUGGACCUGGCAUAUUUCUGUGUGGACCAUAUGAAGAUGUGCAAAUCGCGGGCGGAUAUGCGCCGUCACCGGAGGUGUAAACUGGACGUGGCUACGCCUACCACGGACGAAAAUUUGCUGCCCAAUGGGGCCAGGGACAGCAAGGUUGGACUGGUAAAUGCGCCUUUGCGGACGGUUGGUGUGAAACCGGCAACUAUGGACAGCCGGGCUUCAUUUAGUCCUGGAGCCCCCUGUAAGCACUCGUCGCUGGCUCGGUUUACGAUGCACACGAUGUAUCGAGAUAUGCUCGUUCGACUGUACGACUACUCGGGGAUCGUGCUGGAGGACCGCGAGGACAUGCGCGCGCACUUGCAGCAACGGAAGGAGCUCCUAGAAGAGGCACUCAUGGCGCAGGUGGAGGAUGUCAUUACGGAAAUACUCGCCAUGAAAUCACUGUUCAAGUGUCGUCUGGAAGAUUACCACGAGGCGAACAUGCGCCACGUAGCGGCCCAGACAGCCAGCCUUCACAAGCUCCGGAUUGAGGCCCGUGAAACACUCGAGGCAUUGCAGACAACGGAUGAAAACCACGAGUUUGGGAAAUAUAAGCAAUUAAUCGGCGACUCUACAAGGAAAAUGCUUGUACUACAAGAAAUAUUAAAACAAACAUAUGACUCCUCAAGAACUUAUAACUAUAUACUUAACCCGACCGCGGAACUUCAGGAAAUUUAUGAUCUUGAAGAUUUCGCCACGGUUGAACCUAUCAUCUGUCCUCCUGGUCUUCCGCCUUUCCUGUCAGUUCCGCGGCCAAGGGUGCACGGGGAGGCGCCAGGGGAGGAAGUGGGCUCCUCCUUAAGACAUAUUGAGUUUUUUCCAUUUGUUCAGGACGUAGAUACGCAGCGCGUUGCCAAGAGCUGCUUCACGGGCUGUGCGUAUGUGCACGCCGAUAAACUGAUGCUCGCGGACUGGACUAACGGUGUAGUUAACAUUAUCAACACGUUUGGAGUAGUGUCUGACAGUCUGACCUUGGAGCAUCCGCCCUGGGGUGCCGUACGCGUGCAGGAGGACCGGGCGGCCGUCACUGCCCCCAAAGCCCACAAAAUCUUUUUCAUAGAAGCGGAGCCGAACCUCCACAUUACCGGUUCAAUCAAUACCAAGUGUGAGUGUUUUGGUAUUUGCAAACUUAAUAACAAUUACGCCUGCACGUGUGACCCGUGGAGUAAGUCUCCCUCAGUUCGCGUAUUUAACGAGGACGGACACCUACUACUUAAAACUCAAUUUGACUCGAUGGGACAGCCGUUCUUCAAAUGCCCGUUGCAUAUUUGUGCGGACUUUUUCAAUACCUCAAUGUACGUAAGCGAUGCGUCUGCGGACUGCGUCUUCGCAAUAACGAUUGACGGUGAUUUCCUGUUCUGUUACCAAGACCGCGACCUCGAAUAUCCGACCGGAUUGGCGACGGACCGAAACAACCGGCUAUACGUGUGCGGUCGUAACUCCCGGAAUAUCCAAAUGAUCUCCAACACAGGAGAGCUCCAGGAAACGCUCUGGGAUUCCGAGGGCCUCCGGAGCCCAAGCGCCAUGAGCUUCCAUCCCCAUGGCGACCACGCGGCCGUCACAGACCUGGAUGGAAAUACCGCCAUGGGAUACUGGAAAGUUUCUAUCGUUUGAUAGAUCUAGAUUUUUGAAUCCAAAAAACUGUGAUGAAAACAAUAUUCUUUUACACUAUUAUUGUGCAGUGUUGAUUGUUAUUCAUUUAUUGUGUAUAAUUCAUAACAUACCAUGUUGACCAACUGUUUUACGGGGCUCCUUUUCUCUCAUAAAUAAAGUCAAAAUUUGUUCUAUUUCAUUAUGAAAAGCUCUUACCAACCAACGCUCGUUUAUUCUCGGUCGUAAGAUAUAUUUUAAAACAAAUAAUAAGACUAUGAUCAUUUGAAUUUACAAGUUGGACACAAUUGUUGAUUUAUACAGAUA